CGUUUGCAGCAGACAUUUUCUUUGCUAAGAGGGUGUAAGCUUGGGCUGCCAAUCAGGAGGCAAGCAGGCUGUGGCAUGGUGGAGUGUGAACCAGGGUGGCUUUGAUUCUGGGGGGGGGCAUCAGUUGUGUAGGUAUUGCCCUCUGGAGCAGGGGAGAUGGAUCCCAGCCUGCAGCAGUGAAGUGUGGCUGUAGUUUUUGGAGGGAGUUAGCAGGGGUGCAGUUGUAAAGUGUCUGUACCAUUAGGGACAUGUGCAGGCUUGAAACGUUAACCCCGGUGGGGGUUACUGGAAGCUGUUAUUGAUCAGUAGGAAUAUUAUUAUUAGAAAAAAACGAGUGGCUGUGGAGUUGUUUUUGUUCCUUUUUUGAAGUUGACUUUUGAAGGAAGGGGUAGUAAGCCUGUUUCCUCCUCUUCUGCUCUACUAAGAUCAACUUCACAUGUGUCUCCAAAGGCGGCUAUUGUCUCCAUAAGAUGAAAAGAGAAUCCAAGAAUCAGACACCACUAACAAAACAAGAGUCUGCUAGAGAAGAAAUUCUAUUUUGUGGACCAACAGUUUUGGGGAGCUGUCAGAAAGAGACCAGAGAUUUCAUCUUUUGUAAUGCAGAGCUACGAGCAACUUGUUUAGUUCGACUUGCUGGAUAGUUUUUAAAAGGUCCUUUUUAAUUUGACGAAGGAAGUUUGAACUAGGGAUACGCUGAACCAUUGUUAGUGGUGUUGUUAGAGCAAGUCCUAGAAGUGACUCGCUUUAGAUUGAAAGAACCGGCUUUAAGAUACUCUGCUCUCCAGCAGCUCCUUUUCGCUUCAGUAUAAUUCAGUUCUUAUGCUUUUGUUCUAGGUGGUCAUCGUCAUGUUUUUUCAUUUAACGGAGGUUUGCAAUGCUUUAACUCGGUAGUGCAUGUCAUACUUUUUGCCCCGGGUGUGUUUUGCAUAACGUAGAGCACGCUUGGUACAGUCGCUGUUUGCACUUUGGCUUAUGUUAUUUUUCUUGUCUCCAUGUUUUUUCAAUGGUUUUCAAAGGAACCUUCUGUACUGUAUUCUCGGUCUACAAAGGCCUAGGAAAAGGGCGAAUCUCGUUUGCUUGAAGAGCCUGACAGGCUGCCUGCAGGUGUGGCCAAGGGUGGUGUGGUGCCAGACGUCCGAAUGAAGACUGAGGCAGCAAAAGAACCUCCCACCAUCAGAGACUGGGGAUGUGAUGAAACGACUUUGGGGAAACCGGCAGUAGACCCCUCUAAGAUGCCUGCCGACGGAGAGCUGAACGGCUCCUGCGAGAAAGCCGAACCCGUCACGGCCAAGAGCCAUCAGAGUCUACCCAAAAUCUCUCAGGACAGCCGCGCUAGGCUGCCACCGCCGCAGGACUCCAAUAACAAACUGACUCGUUUAAACGAAAACGGCCUUUCGGAGAAAAGCGGCGAGCCGGCUAGCAAGCAGAACCAUCUGAAGGCUGGCGAUCCGACGCAAGCCUCGGUUACCGGUAGCAACGGCUACGUCUUAAACAGGCAGCCCACGCAGGAACCGGCCCCACACAGGACUAGUGGUACGACCGUGGGGGCUUCUCUCAUCGGCCACGCUGCCAAAACCCUUCCCGGGAGGAGCUUGAACGCUGUUAAGACUGAUGGAGCUCGUGGACAGGGGCCGGCCUUGCUCCGAGAGGAAAAGGACAAGGCAGAGGGGAUAACGAAACACGCCGCACAGGAAGCCAACCCCCCAGCAAAAAUACACAGGGCUCGGAAGACCAUGGCCAGGCCUCUAGUCAACCAGACCACUCUGAAGCUUCUAAACAGGGAACCAAAAGAACCGAAUGAUCCAAAAGAACAAACGGACUUGAAAGAAGAAAGCCGCAACGGGGUGGAGUCUGGCAAAGCACAUCCACCACCGCCACCCCCCCAGCAACACCAGCUACCUCAGAACCAGAACGAGGCUACUGCCAGCAAGCCCCAGCCAGCUGCAGCGGUGUCCCGCAGGAAGAGGAGGAAGAUGGGGACGUACAGCCUCGUUCCCAAGAAGAAAGCCAAAGCCAUGAGGCAGCGCACGGUGCUGGAGAUGUUUAAAAACACCAUGGCACAUUCCCCAACUGCAGCAGCUCAGCAAGAGAGCACACACGUGAACGGGGAGAGCGUGGAAAACGAGUCUGAGGAGGAGGACUCUGAUGAUGAUGAGGAUGAUGAUGAGGACGAGGAAGGAGAGCAGGGAGGCGAUCGGCCCGAGCAGGGAGGCGAUCGGCCCGAGCAGGGAGGCGAUCGGCCCGAGCAGACGGUCCCUGUCGGUGAGGAGAACCAUGACCCCCAGGAGGGGAGCAGGAGGAACAGCAUGGACGACACACCCAGGGUGGAAGAGGGAGAGGUGGAACAUGCCUCCGAGGAAUCUGCCGAUGAAGAAGGCGGUGGCGAGGAAGAGGGGAAUGAGUCGGAUUUGAGCUCCGAGUCCAGCAUAAAGAAGAGGUUAAAAAAGAAAGGGAAGAACGAUAAUCCCUGGCUGAAGCCGUCCAGGAAAAGAAAACGCAAGAUUAAAGUGAAAACCAACGGCUCCUCUGGGGCUGAAACUGAGGUUCAGCCUGACUGCAGUAGAGAAUACACGGAGGUGCCCCUUGACUCUUUGGAUCUGGAAGUUCAAGAGCAGCUUUUGUCUUCACAGCACAAAGGGGCUUCCAAUGACUCAGAAGCCAUGGAGGCUGAUGCCGUGCAGGAACUCCCUCUUUGCAGCUGCCGAAUGGAAACUCCUAGAAACAGAGAGAUCCUCAUCCUGGCCAACAAGAAGUGCAUGGCUACAGAGAGCAGCGAUGGGGAGCUGAGUCUGUGCUCGAGAGGGGUGAUGAAACAGGAGAUGAUGCGCCCGUCCAAUAACGUGCAGCAGCUGGUGCUGUGUGAGGAGCACAGGGGCAGGAUGGUGAAGCACCAGUGCUGCCCGGGCUGUGGGUUCUUCUGUACAGCUGGUACGUUCAUGGAAUGCCAGCCAGACAGUCGCAUCUCCCACCGCUUCCACAAGGCCUGUGCCUCGGUGCUGAACGGGUUGAGUUUUUGCCCUCACUGUGGGGAGGAGACCCUGAAGGCGAAGGAGGUGACGAUAGCAACAGCAGACACGACCUCUACCUCAGUGGUGCCCCUCGUCCCGGGACAGGAGGUGGAGGAAGAGGCGAGGACUCCGGCUGCAGACACUACCACACGAAGCAAUCACCGCAUGAAGCUACAGAGCGAGAGCAAGGUGGAGAGUUCUGUGUGGAAAACAUGUUUGUCGGAGGGCUCCGAGUCACCAGGAUGUUCCAGCAGCUCCAGGGCUGGGGCUGAGGGCUCCGAAUCACCAGGACGCUCCAGCAGCUCCAGGGCUGGGGCUGAGGGCUCCGAAUCACCAGGACGCUCCAGCAGCUCCAGGGCUGGGGCUGUGACAGCGGCGUCGAGUCUGCAGCAGGGAGUCGCCAAAGAGACCCUGGAGAGCAUCCUCAUUGCCUUGGACGCAGAGAAGCCCAAGAAACUCCGAUUCCACCCCAAGCAGCUCUACAUCUCAGCCAAGCAAGGAGAGCUCCAGAAAGUCUUGCUGAUGCUGGUGGAAGGAAUUGAUCCUAACUUUAAACUGGACAGUCAGAGCAAACGCACCCCGCUUCACGUAGCGGCAGAGGCCGGGCACAGGGAAGUCUGCCACAUGCUCGUACAGGCCGGUGCUAAUCUGGACAUGUGUGACGAGGACCAGCGGACGCCGCUGAUGGAUGCUGCAGAGAAUGACCACCUGGACACUGUGAAAUACCUGCUCAAGGCUGGAGCCAUAGUAAACCACAAGGAUGUGGAAGGUUCAACAUGUUUCCAUCUGGCUGCCAAAAAAGGGCAUUACGAAAUCGUUCAGCACCUGCUGUCCACGGGGCUGAUAGAUAUUAACUGUCAGGAUGACGGAGGAUGGACGCCUAUGAUCUGGGCUACAGAAUACAAGCAUGUGGAUCAGGUGAGGCUGCUUCUGUCUGGAGGAGCUGACAUCAACAUUAGAGACAAGGAGGAGAAUAUUUGCUUGCACUGGGCAGCUUUUUCGGGCUGCGUUGACAUAGCGGAGAUCUUGCUAAAUGCGAAGUGUGAUCUUCUCGCAGUGAAUAUCCACGGAGAUUCUCCGCUGCACAUUGCAGCCAGAGAGAACCGGCACGAAUGUGUGGUGCUGUUCCUGUCCCACGGCGCUGAUGUUAACUUGCAGAACAAGGAAGGGGAGACGCCCGUGGAGUGCUGCAGCCUCGGCUCCCAGGUGUGGACUGCUCUGCAGGCCAAUAGGAAGCUGAAGGACGCAGCCGCUAACAGAAGCAGCCAGGAGAGAGUUGUAAACAGAGACAUCGCCCGGGGGUACGAACGGGUCCCCAUCCCCUGUGUGAACGGAGUGGACAGCGAGCCCUGUCCCAACAACUACAAAUACGUUCCAGACAACUGCGUGACGUCCCCCAUGAACAUCGACCGCAACAUCACGCAUCUGCAGUACUGCGUGUGUAAAGAAGAUUGCUCUUCUGCCAGCUGCAUGUGCGGUCAGAUGAGCUUGCGCUGUUGGUAUGACAAGGAGGGUCGCUUGCUGCCUGAGUUCUGCAAGAACGAACCGCCGCUGAUAUUUGAGUGUAACCAUGCCUGCUCCUGCUGGAGGAACUGCAAGAACAGAGUGGUGCAGAACGGCCUCCGCAUCCGGCUGCAGCUUUUCCGAACGAAAAAGAGUGGCUGGGGUGUGCGGGCCUUGCAGGACAUUCCGGACGGUACCUUUGUGUGCGAGUAUGUUGGAGAAAUCAUAUCGGAUUCAGAGGCUGACGUGCGGGAAGAUGAUUCCUACCUUUUCGACCUGGAUAACAAGGUUGGACGCGUGUACUGCAUUGAUGCCAGUUUCUACGGCAACAUCAGUCGGUUUAUAAACCACACGUGCGAGCCCAACAUCUUCCCUGUGAGAGUCUUCACAUCCCACCAGGACCUGCGAUUUCCCAGGAUCGCCUUCUUCAGCAGCAGGCACAUCAACGCUGGAGAGGAGCUGGGGUUUGACUAUGGAGAUCGGUUCUGGGAAAUCAAAAGCAAGUAUUUCAGUUGCCUGUGCGGCUCGUCCAAAUGCAGACACUCGGCUGAAGCCAUCGCACAGCAGCGAGCCGACUCCUCUCCAGCCACCAGCCAGGAGAACGGAGUCCCUGACACCAGCUCCUCCUCCUCCUCCACCACCACCCCGCCCAGACCUUCCUGAGACGCAUCCCCAGAGCCAGCCAGGAGAACGGAGUCCCUGACACCAGCUCCUCCUCCUCCUCCUCCUCCUCCUCCUCCUCCUCCUCCUCCACCACCACCCCGCCCAGACCUUCCUGAGACGUGUCCCCAGAGCCAGCCAGGAGAACGGAGUCCCUGACACCAGCUCCUCCUCCUCCUCCUCCACCACCACCCCCCUGCCCAGACCUUCCUGAGACGCGUCCCCAGAGCCAGCCAGGAGAACGGAGUCCCUGACACCAGCUCCUCCUCCACCACCACCACCACCACCACCCCGCCCAGACCUUCCUGAAACACGUCCCCGGAACCAGCCAGGAGAACGGAGUCCCUGACACCAGCUCCUCCUCCUCCUCCACCACCACCCCGCCCAGACCUUCCUGAGACGCAUCCCCAGAGCCAGCCAGGAGAACGGAGUCCCUGACACCAGCUCCUCCUCCUCCUCCUCCUCCUCCUCCUCCUCCUCCUCCUCCACCACCACCCCGCCCAGACCUUCCUGAGACGUGUCCCCAGAGCCAGCCAGGAGAACGGAGUCCCUGACACCAGCUCCUCCUCCUCCUCCUCCACCACCACCCCCCUGCCCAGACCUUCCUGAGACGCGUCCCCAGAGCCAGCCAGGAGAACGGAGUCCCUGACACCAGCUCCUCCUCCACCACCACCACCACCACCACCCCGCCCAGACCUUCCUGAGACACGUCCCCAGAGCCAGCCGGCAGACUAUGCUCCUAUGGAAACAUGGCUCCAUCCCCAGGACCCUUGGGAUCAACCCUUGUAGUGUCUGGCCACUUCAGUCCCCUCGCCCUGGCAUACACAGUGACAGGGAUCUACAGCAGUUUGAAUCGUUGGCAGGUUGUUUUUUUUUUUUCUUUAUAGUCUGGCCUGAGCUCACACAAGGGUAGGGCUCUGGAUAGUUCUGGUCAAUGCAAGCGUAGUUCUGAGGACAGCCCACAAUCAACCGCAGAGGUUUGCUGCCUCACUGACUCCUCCUCCUUCUUAAAUAGUAUUUUUUUCCUAAGAAGCAUCUCUAGAGUUUUACUUGGUCUUGUCCCAGAGAUGAUUUCAAGUGUUGUCCAAUGAAUGCAGCUACCAAGGGCACCGCUGGGUAUGCAGAAGCGACUUUCUUUUGUUUUGGGAUUUCUGCAACUGUCAUGUGAUUUCAACUGGGUGGUGUUCUUUGUAUAGCUACAUACAUGUAGUGUGUACCUACAGCAGAGCGUCUUCUAUAAGAAGUGUUUAUGGGGACAUGCUUCACAGGAAUGCAUGAGGCGGAUGUUCACUUAGAAUUGGCCUCUCUGGUCUUUCUGGUCCUUUUCAUUAACCUGUCAUUCUUUCCUACACAAUAAGCGCCAGAAUCGGGAGGAUUUCUCGUUUUUAUUUUUAUUAUUAUUAUUAUUAUUAUUAUUAUUACUAUGUUGUAUUUGUCAACUUUCCAUUUUUCGAUUCAUAUAUACGCUUCUGAUAAAGGACUGGAGUUGGCACAUUAAAGUUGUGUGUGUUUUUUUGUUUUUUUUUCUUUAAUUUUAGUGUAAGUGUGUGCGUGUUUGUUUUUGUCAUUCCCUACACAUUGCUGUCACCUGUCUGCUUUAAUGUGGAGAGGUGAGCCGUGCACAAGCUUGGGCUUCCCUGCCACCAGUGCCUCCCAGUGGCAGUCUGAAAAGGGUUUGCAUUCGUUUCUACAGCGUGUGUGUGUAUAGAACUCCUCCACUGCCGAACCCUUGCCAAAUACGUUGGGAAUUCCGGAACUGCUUGUCCGAGUGCGGGGGGGGGAUGGGGGUUAUUGAUUUGCCCCACAGGUGUUCCGCUUCCCCCUCUCCCCUUUCCCAAUGUUUAUUACAGACACCAGCUGAAGGGAAACCGUUCAUUACUUACAAGAUGCAUUUGUCCGCACGCAAAGUGGCCAGCAGCUAACGAGCUUGGUUGGGGACGGGAGUUUCACCCAGUCUUCUGCUAUGCAACUUCAGGAUGACUUCUUCUUUUUAAAUUUUUUUUUUUUAAUAACAACUAGCCAUGCACUUUGGGGACAAGUGACAAUUGAAGGUCCAGAAAGGUCUACCAAAGCGUUCAGUUUUUGAUUGCAAAUCUAUAAACUUUUUUUUUUUUCUACCCAUGUUCCAGCCUGCAGUUCUCAGCAGGAGUUUCUGUUUUUAUUUUGUUAUCCUCCCUGAGAGACAUCAGCCUGUCUGUAUCCCCAACAAGCUGAUGCAGGACAUCUGAGAGCGAGACAAACGUUGCUACUUUUUAUUACAUUUACCUUGUAAUGAGGAAGCGCCGGGGACAAAGAUAAUGGUGCUGAUCGCGAUGUGUGUUGUGUGGGUUUUUUUUUUUUUUUUUUUUUUUUACCAAGUGAAUCAA